UCAAACCGCGUUCAAACUAAACGGUCUGGUUUUUUGAUUCAUAACAUUUCUUGUAUAUACUACAUUUAAGAAACAAGAAAAAUAUGGAUGUGUGGGAAGAGUUGAUCGAAAAUUAUGAGAGCUAUGACGAUAGUGACAAUUUUUCAAAAGUUCUGUCCGAUGCAUCUUUAGUACUUGCUGAAGAUUUGGCUGAUUUUGAAAUCGAAUGGAUGGUAUCAACUUUACUCCAUCAGCCAGUGUAUUUACUGGAUGUAAUGUCAAGAAAGCGCAAUGAGGAAGGAUGGGCCAAGUGUGUUAUAGAAGCUCUGAAGCUUUUGAGCUACCUGGUUCAGAACCACAGCAUCCCACAUGACUACUACCAUCAUAUUGUUCAGGUGUGCUCCCUACCGUAUGACGCAAUAGCUCGCCAGCAUGCCCUGACCUGUCUCACAAGUAUCUGCAAAUACAGUUCCGCUGCUGGUCUAAAUUUUGCACGACACCUGGCUGCCCUCGAGGAGAGCUCUGUGUGUAGAGCACCUCUUGCCCUGCUAGUUGGUGCCAUAUGUGAAUACCAUCCCUAUUUAGUGUCAGAUGAUGUGCCUAAAGUUUGGCGUAUUUUUCUUAAUAUGCUCGAUUCGAAUAAACUUACUGGCGCGGCGCGGGGCGCGGCGGCGGCGGGCGCGGGCGGGCUGCUGCGCCACUUCGGCGCCGACCUGCCGUGCGCCGAGCUGGCGCUCUUCGCCGAGCACGUGGCGCGCGCCGCGCUGCUGCCGCGCUGCGAGCAAGCGGCCACGCGCGUGCUGUGCGCGCACGCGGCGCUGUUCCGCGAGCAGCUGGCGCCGCGCGCGCAGCUCCGCGCCGCGCUGUGGGGCCGCGCCGCCGCCGCGCCCGCGCGCCGCGCGCUGCUGCAGCUCUACGCGCAGCUCCCGCACACGCUCGACUCUCGCCAGCUGCAGGAAAUAAUGGAAAGGGAGCUGUUGCCGCACAUAUCGGGCGGCGAAGGCGCGGCGCGGGUGACGGCGCUGCGGGCGGCCGCGCUGUGCGGCGCGCUCGAGCCGCUCGACCACGUGCACGUGCCCGCGCUGGAGAGGCGCCUGCGGGACGGACGCGCCAAUCACCGAGAUAUGUUACUCAUAGCAUGGUGCAUCGAAAACGGGGUGUUCGGCAGCGAGGAGCUGUUGCGCGCGGCGCUGGCGGGGGUGCAGGAAGAUGACACGAGGGCGCGGGAGGGGGACACGGGGGCGCGGGAGGGGGACACGGGGGCGCGCCUGCUCGCCCGCGCCAUUCUCGCUGCGCCACUGCACCUUGCUAGGGCCGCCGUCAGCAUGCUAGUUGGCGAGAGCUGUCGAGCGCAGAGCGUAGGCGGGUGCCUGGCCGUGUGGCGCCACCUGCUGGACGCGGCGCCCGAGCGCGAGGACGCGGCGCCCGAGUGGCCGCCGCUGCCCCCGCCGCCCCGCGCGGCCCGCCGCCGCGCCCGCCUGCUCGACCGCUUCGCCGACUGCGUGCUGCUGGCGCUGCGCACGCAUCGCGCGACUUGCCGCACGUCUCUGCGGCAAGGCGAGUGCGAGUGCGAGGAGAUCCUGCCGCUGGCGGAGACGGCGCGCGGCGUGCUGGGCGCGGCGGCGGGGGGCGCGGGGGGUGCGGCGGGCGCCGGGGGCGCCGGGGGCGCGGCGGGGGACGCGGCGGCGCGGCUGGCGGGCGCGCUGAGCGACGCGGCGGAGCGGGCGGGCGCCGCGCUGCCGGCCGCGCUGCUCGCCGCCGCGCUGGCGCCGCCGCACCCGCUCGACCGCCCCUGGGAGCGCUACCUGCAAAGCGUGCGCAUCGAGGCGCUGCGCGACGCGGCGGUGCAGUGGCGCUGCUGCGAGGCGCUGUGCGGCGCCGGCGCCGCGCCGCGCGCCGCGCUCGCCGCCCACGCGCUGCGCGCCGCGCAGAUAAUACUGAGCGACGAGCGAGCGGGAGCGUCGCUGUUGAGCGCCUGUCUGGAGACGGUGAAGGCGGUGACGCGCCGGUCCGCCGACGUGGACGAGAAGCUGUUGCGGCAGGUGGUGCGGGCGGCGCGGCGGCGCGCGCGCGGCGGGGCGGGGCGCGGAGCGGGGCGCGGGGAGGGGCGCGGGGCGGGGCGCGGGGAGGGGCGCGGGGCGGGGCGCGGUGCGGCGCGGGCGGAGCGCGCCCUGCGCAGGGACCUGCUGCUGUUCAUAGGAAGGUACAGCGCAUUAAUCGAGGAAAACGAUAUUGGUUUCGGCGACCGCUGCGAGAGUUGCGACAGUUGCGACAGUUGCGACAGUUGCGACAGUUGCGACAGUUGCGACGCCUGCGCGUCUGGCGACGAAGAAGGCGUGCGCUACGCGCGGCUGUCGCCGCUGCUGACGGUCACGCGCAACGGCCUAAAGUUGGACAUGUCGCGUGCCGUGGCGCUGUGCGUGUGGGGCGCGGGGGGCGCGGGGGGCGCGGGGGGCGCGGAGGUGCGCGCCGCGCUCGCAGACUGGCUGCGGACCAGAGUGGCGGCGGGCGCGGCGGGCGCGGCGCUGCCAGCGCUGCCGGCCAGCCUGCUGGGCUGGCUGGCGCGCGCGGCGCCGCUCGCCGACCUGGCGCCGCACCUGCACCGGGACUGCCUCGCCGACAUAUUGCACUUCAUAGCGCGGUGCAGCAACAGCGAGACGCGGGCGGCGCUGCGGCCGCUGCUGCGCGCGCUGGCGCGGCGCCCGCGCGCCGCCGCCGCGCUCGCCCGCGCCCUGCGCGCUCACCCCGCACCCGCCGACGCGCACGGGGGCCUGGAGCCGCUGGAGGCGCUGCUCGAAGCGGCUCGGGAGGACAGCGAGGCGUGCCAGCGCCACCUGGCGGGCGCCGCGCGCGCCGCGCCGCGCGCCGGCCCGCGCGCGCUGGGCGCCGCCGCGGCGCUGCUGGCCGACAGGGCGCCGCUGUUCGCGCCGCAGCUGCGGACCGCGCUCGUGCGGGGCGCGCUGGGGGCGCUGCUCCGCCUGCCGCGGCCGCCGAGCGUGCGGGCGCCGCGCCCUCUGUACGGGGCGGCUCUGCGCCUCGCCGGGGCCGCCGGGCGAGCUCUCGACGAGCCCUCUUAUGUUGUGGAUGUCAUUUUUGAAGCGAUCGACGACGAGAGCGAACCGGUCCACGUAUUGGGCGCCGUCAACGAACUCAAAUACGCUUUUGAGACUUCGGAUCUGAGCCGCAAAGCUUGCGUAAAAAAUGACUUCGCCAUAUUGAAGAAGAUUUCGGAUUUCGACGCGGAGGCGUUCCACGACUGCUGUCUAUUGAACGAAGCGUUCGUUUUUAUCGCCCAGAACGCCGAGCCGUUGCUCGAAUUCAAAUUCGAGAUAGGUCACCUGGUGGUUCAAAUGACCCAUAACUUUUUCAACAUGGGCCUGUAG